AUGGCUGAGGCCGGUUUCAAGCAGUUAAUGGCGAGUCUCCUGCGCCAGACGAGGCCGCAGUCAUUUCGCCACUCCAAACCACCUCGAUAUCCUCAGCGUCAGCUAUCUACCGCAGCCAAUGCAUCUACGCCGCCUUCUGAGCCAGACUUACCCCAAUGGCAGGCGCACAGAGUCGAUUCUCCUCGCGCUCGAAGUGAUCAAGUACCCGAAGCGAAGCGGCCGCGCCUCGACAAACUUCGAAGCGAGAAGGAGCCGCGACAAUUCUCGUCCUUUCUAACCGACAAUUAUUCCCGCCAACAUAAUUACCUACGAAUAUCCAUCACCGAGAGGUGUAACCUGCGAUGUCUCUAUUGUAUGCCUGAGGAAGGCAUUCAGCUCUCACCGCCAGCCCAUCUGCUGACCACGCCCGAAAUCGUAUACCUCGCAGAAUUGUUUGUUGACCAGGGCGUGGAUAAAAUCCGUUUAACGGGAGGAGAGCCUACGGUUCGAAAAGACGUAUUGGAUCUCAUGCAUCAAAUCGGGAAGUUGAGGAGUAAUGGCCUCAAAGAGCUGUGCAUAACAACAAAUGGCAUAUCAUUACAUCGCAAGCUGGACUCGAUGGUUGAGUCCGGCUUGACGGGCGUCAAUUUGAGCUUGGAUACACUCGACCCUUACCAGUUUGCGAUCAUGACGCGCAGGAACGGUCACGAGGCGGUGAUGAAAUCUAUUGAUCGAAUUCUCGAAAUGAACAAGCUGGGCGCCGGUAUCAAGCUGAAGAUCAACUGUGUGGUAAUGCGCGGUCUCAACGAACGCGAAAUCUUGCCCUUUGUGGAACUUGGCCGGAACCAAGAUGUCGAGGUUCGCUUCAUUGAAUAUAUGCCAUUCGACGGGAACAAGUGGUCGGAGAAGAAAAUGAUGAGCUUCGGAGAGAUGCUGGCUCUGAUACGGCAGAAAUACCCACAUGUUGAGAAGGUACAGGACCACAAGAACGACACCAGCAAAACGUACCAGGUUCCCGGUUUCGCUGGUCGAAUCGGAUUCAUUACGAGCAUGACGCACAAUUUCUGUGGCACGUGCAACCGGCUUCGAAUCACCUCGGAUGGUAAUCUGAAGGUGUGUCUUUUCGGAAACUCGGAAGUCUCGCUUCGUGACAUUCUCCGUGAGUCAAACGAUGGCCGACCCAUUGAUGCGGAAGCCAUGGAAGCCAUCCGCCAACUGGAAAUGGACCGUCGUCAGCAGCUGAGCGGAAGUACGGGCGCUCUGGGAUUCUCGGAGAAGGAAGCCAAACUGCUUGAUGUAAUCGGCAUGGCGGUGAAGCGCAAAGAAGAGAAGCAUGCUGGCAUUGGCGACUUGGAAAACAUGAAGAACAGGCCAAUGAUCCUCAUCGGUGGGUAA